CAAGUGUAUACACGUAUACGUGUGGUAAAACUGCAGAUACAGUUGUAAAGAUAUCUCGAAGAUAGUUUGAUAGCUGGUGAUCAAUUAUGAUUAGCUGAAAUCGACAAAAACAGAGAAAAACUGAGUUUCAAGAUGCAGAAAUUUAAGAAGGCUCAAGCACAGAAUAAACUGUCUAUUGAAAAGCACUUGGAAGCCAAUGCAUUGUUGAAUUCGUCUAGUGAAGAUGAGGAUGAAACUAACGAAGAAGAUGUCCAAAAUGUGGUGGGCAAAGUAUUGUUAGCGUACCAAGGACAGAGCACAGAUGCCGAAAAAGUGAUAUCGUACUUGGUGAAUUCCUUUCAAACCAGCAGUGCUGUUUGUUUGAUAUGUAUAUCCACUGUCAAGAAGAUAGAUCCAAUAUGGAACUGCGACAAGUGCUACGCAUUUCUACACAUGUCUUGCAUCUUACACUGGAUCAACGACAGUUUGAGCUGCAAACGGGCUAAAGGAAUCACACCGAUCUGGGCCUGUCCAAAAUGCCGUAUGGAAUAUGAUCAGGAUCAGAUUCCAAGAUUGUACAAAUGCUUCUGUAAAAAGUCGAUAGAUCCUCAGUAUCAACCAUGGAUUAUUCCGCAUUCUUGCGGUGAACCCUGCGGCAAGCUUUUACAACCAGAGUGCGGUCACAAAUGUGUGUUGCUUUGCCAUCCUGGUCCAUGUCCACCCUGCGCUAAGAUGGUAUCUGUUAAAUGUUAUUGUGGCAAGCUACCGGCGCAACCGCGACGUUGCAAUGCUAAAAACUGGAGUUGCGGAACUAUAUGCAAUAAAAAAUAUGAAUUUUGUUCACACACUUGUGAUAAUGUGUGUCAUACUGGAGAAUGUUCCCCUUGUGUAGAAACAGUAGUAUUGAAAUGCCAUUGUAAGAGUAACGAGAAAGUAGGGAAAUGCUACGAGGGUAUAUGGAUUUGCGAAAAACCUUGCAAUAGGAAAUUCUCUUGUAACGUACAUAGCUGUGAAAGCACUUGUCAUCUACCCGGCGAUUGCAGCAACUGCCCCCUGGAAAAGAACAGACAUUGUCCUUGUGGAAAAAAACGAUACGAAAUUUCUUGCAGGCGGCAGCAAGUGCCAACGUGUGGGGAUACGUGCGGCAAGUUGUUGGACUGCGGAUCGCACUUCUGCAAUAUGAGAUGCCAUAUCGAUCGCUGUGGUCAAUGCUUAGAAGUCGUAACAAAAGCGUGUAGAUGCGGUAGUUACACGAAAGAGAUUGCCUGCGCAAAAGAGUUCCACUGCAACAAGAAAUGCAUGCAAAUGCGCUUAUGCGGUAGACAUUUGUGCAACAAAAAAUGCUGCGACUGCAUAUCGAAGAACACGUCCAAUCAUUGUGAAAAAACGUGCGAGAAUACGCUCAACUGUCGUAAGCACAAAUGCGCUGCACCUUGUCACAGUGGUCCUUGCUAUCCAUGUACCAGAACGGACACUAUACAGUGUCGAUGUGGCAGCAGCAAGAUAACGGUGCCAUGUGGUACCAGAAAGAGAAUCAAGCCACCACCAUGCCACAAAUCUUGCAAAAUCCCACCUAUCUGCCAUCACAGCAAGAGAGAAACACACAAAUGUCAUCAAGGCCCAUGUCCACCAUGUAAAAAGGUCUGCGGUUUGACUCACAAGAGAUGCGGUCACUCUUGCCCAGCCACUUGUCACACCAAAGUCUGGAUGAAAAUUAGAGCGAACGGAGUAAAGGCGCAGCCUAUUGGACCCUGGGAAAAACCAAAGGAUAUUAUGGAACUGAAGACUUUGCCAUGUCCACCGUGCGAGGUUUCCGUGUCUGUGACUUGUCUCGGUGGUCACGAAACGCGCCCUUGGUCAUGUCACAUGUCGAAACCAAGCUCCUGCGGUAGACUUUGCGGCCAGCUAUUACCAUGCAAGAAUCACACUUGCGAGUUGACUUGUCACAAACUACAGACUUCUGACAACGAGUCCAACAACGGUAUUCCGUGCAUGGAAUGCGAGAAGGAGUGUAGUUUCGCACGACCGUCUGGUUGUACGCACACGUGUCCGCAACCUUGUCACCCAGCGCCAUGUAAACCGUGUAAACAAUUAGUGCGAGUCUCUUGCCAUUGCGGUAUUAGCACCCUUUACCGGCAUUGCGUGAACUUGACGUCUGCAACGAGCAAGGAACGGGAUGAGUUACUCAAAUGCGGGAAUCAAUGUCCAAAAAAUUAUCGAUGCGGCCACCGUUGUAUCAAUGAUUGUCAUCCAGGAGAAUGUAAAGGCGGAGAAGGAUGCAGCAAGAAAGUCAGAUUAUGGUGUAAAUGUAAACGAAUCAAAAAGGAUUUUCUUUGUUCACUUCUUCAAAAGGAGCAGAUUACCGUAGCAUGCGAUAGCGUAUGUGAAUCACUGAAAAAUGAGAGAAAAGAGGCUCAAGAGGCUAUGAUAGCGAAAAAGCUGGAAGAGGAGGAACUGCGUAAUCGAGAGGAGAUUGAAAAAUUCGAGAAAAAGUUCAAGCCACGACGAAAGAGGAAGGACAAAUACGAGAACUCGAAACAAUCCAAAGAAAACGCGAGAAAUAAGUGUCACAUUGCAUGGAUUUUAGCGAUUAUCGUAAGCAUUAUAGGAAUAAUAAUAGUUUAUAUGACCGUUCCUGAUUUAAGUAUACCUGGAUUGAGCUGAUUUUACAAACUGAUCUCAAAUCUGUGAUUAUUUACGAUAAUCUCAUUAUU